AGAUCCAGACCGGGCGUAAUAAACCAGAGCUGCUGUCCAUUGCAUGUGAAAGCCGACUACUGGCCUAUCACAUCCGGAAGAUAGCAUCAAACUCAGAUUUUGCCUGUCUCCAACGAUUCUGACCAUUGGCUGAUCUCGCUUCCCCACACCUACCUCAAUCGCAUUCAUGGCUACGGGACUUCCAACGGGCUGGGAAGUGCGCCACAGCAACAGCAAGAAUCUGCCGUACUACUUUAAUCCCGCCACCAAAGAGUCACGAUGGGAACCUCCUGCCGAGACGGACAGUGAGACUCUCAAACGGUACAUGGGCCAAUACCAUACCGCCAAUCUGCACUCCGAGGCUGCUCAACAGCCAAACCUGGAGGGCAAGAUACGUGCAGCUCAUCUACUGGUGAAGCACAAGGGUUCGCGUCGGCCGUCGUCAUGGCGAGAGUCUGAGAUCACACGAUCCAAGGACGAGGCCAUGGACAUCAUUCGCGGCUAUGAGAGCAAGAUCAAAAGUGGCGAGACGAGUCUUGGUGACCUUGCUGUCACCGAGAGCGAUUGUUCCUCAGCGAGGAAGCGGGGUGAUUUAGGAUUUUUCGGGAAAGGAGACAUGCAAGCCGAGUUUGAGCAGGCUUCCUUUGCUCUCAAACCUGGUGAGGUCUCUCAGAUCAUCGAAACACAAUCGGGGUUGCAUAUCAUUGAGAGGCUGGAGUAGUCUACUACGGGAAAGGCAACUCGACAAAUUAGCCGACCACUGCAGCGAGGCAAUGCUACGGUGACGCUUCGCGCAAAUAGCCUCUGGCAUCAUGGCCGCAGGAAGUGUGGGAGCCUCAAGAAGCAAGCCGAAGCGCGUAAGUCCCGAUGCGGCCCAUCUGUAUACAGUUACAGCGCCAAUCGCAAAGGAGAGACCUUGGCAAUUCCCUGAACACGCGUAGUCGUGUCUCUUUGUGCUUGUACCGGACCUUGUUCCGUCG